CGCACUUGGCUCCGGUUUCACUCUGCGGCUCCAGGAUGGAGGGCUUCCAGUCCGCCUGCCCUCCGCUCGUGCUGUGUGCCCCCGCAGCGGCUAUGGCUGCGGCCCCGGGGGGCGUCUGCUGGGCCAAGCGGGAGACUCGAUUCGUCACGCCGCGCGGCCUCAACUACCUGGAACUGUGCAAAGCCAUCCUGGCUCAGGCAGGGCCGGCCACCGUCACCUGUACCCGGGAGUGCGGCGUGCAGGUAAACGCCAAAGUAGACAAGACGGUGCAGUGCUCCCUGGGGCCCAAGACGCUGCUCGGCCAGGGGGAGGGCGACCGCCUCCAGUCUGAAGAAGAAGAGGAGGAGGAGGAGGAGGAGCUGUGCGUGGGCGGUCAGGCGUCCUGCACGCCGCCUCCGGUGAGCCAGUUCUUCCUCACCACCCGGCCGGUGUCCAUCUACUCGCGUGUUUUCGAUCGCCGCGAGUCACGUGAGAAGGCGGAGGUGCGGGAGCAGGAGGGAGAGGAAGGAGGCGAACAUCCAGAUGACGACCACAAGCCUCCGGUACAUCAAGACAACAAGGGCUCCAAUUUACAGGUGGAAUCCUGCAACAACACUGGCCAAAAAAAAAAUGUUGCAGUGACGCAACGGAAGUUUGGAGUGCUGAAUCCAAAUCUGAGUUUCUGGAGCAGAAGUACGGCUUCUUCCACUGCAAAAAGUGUAACAUCCGGUGGGAGAGUGCUUACGUGUGGUGCAUCUCUGGAACCAACAAGGUGUACUACAAGCAGCUCUGCCGGAAGUGUCAAGUUGGCUUCAACCCCUACAGAGUGGAAUCCAUUAUAUGCAAGGGCUGCUCGGAGACGUGCUGCAUCUGCGAGAAGAAGCAGAGGCACAUCAACAUGACCCGGCCUCACCGGCAGGAUCUGUGCUGCCGAUGUCGAGGCAUGAAGCUCUCCUGUGACGCCACCUACAGCUUCAAGUAUAUCUUUUGAUGUCACCCAAGCAGCGGAGACCCUCCCUGGUGCCCUUGUUGUUUUUCCAAAAAAUAAACUGAAAUUUGCAUCUCAA